AUGACGUCGAUGUUUGUGAAUAGCCCUGUCCGUCUCGGACGGAUAUCCCGGCCUUUGCUAUCAAGUAUAUGCCGAGUGGGUCGCUCGAGCUUUGUACAGUCUCGAAGAUGUCUGGCUACGCAGGUUGACCAUUCGGCGGCAGUUCCUGAAUCUGACAGCGGGAAGGAAAGAGUGGUCAUUCUUGGAUCCGGUUGGGGAGGAUAUACCCUCUCCCGAAAAUUGUCGCCAAAGUCGUUCUCCCCGGUCGUUAUUUCCCCUCGCUCAUACUUUGUCUUUACUCCUCUCCUGACUGACGCUGCUGGCGGGUCGCUGGAUUUCUCAAACAUCGUGGAGCCAGUUCGGGAUCCUCACGCUAAAGUCGAUUUCAUCCAGGCCGCUGCACGAGCUGUCAACUUGGAAAAGAAAACUGUUCUAUGUGAGUCAACCGUGGUCUCGAGAGGCGUUACAGAAACGCCACGGACCCAUGAGCAUGAAAGGGAGUCUGAAAAAGGCCCGGGGAAGGGAGAUUUCUUCGAGGUUCCCUAUGACAAACUAGUCAUCGCCGUUGGUGCAGUCAGCAAGACGUUCAACACACCCGGAGUGAGGCAUAAUGCCAUGUUCUUCAAGGAUAUUGGUGAUGCGCGACGCGUGAGACGUCGGGUCCGAGAAUGCUUCGAGCUGGCGGUGCUACCGACCACGACUCCGGAGAUGCGGAAAUGGCUGCUGCAUUUUGCUAUUGUCGGUGCUGGACCGACAGGGACUGAGCUAGCGGCAUCCCUCCGUGACUUUAUCUACAAGGAUAUGACGGCACUAUAUCCUGCCGUGAAAGGUCUCCCCACCAUCACCCUCUACGAUGUAGCACCGAAGGUGCUCUCUAUGUUUGAUGAAUCCCUAUCAAAGUACGCCAUGGAGACCAUGAAGAAAGAAGGCAUCGACAUCAAAACCUCGCACCACGUAGAAGGACUUCGCUGGGGUGCGCCAGGAGCCGAACCUCCUUACGAAAUGGACCCCAGACACUGCCUCACAAUCACAACCAAAGAAGAAGGCGAAGUAGGCAUCGGGAUGUGCGUCUGGGGAACCGGAAACGCAAUGAACAAGUUCGUCAAGACAGCUCUCCAAGACGUGGAAACAUUCCCCACCGCAUCAGCCCUGCUGAAAGACGGCACCCAAGCGUCCCCGGAACUCGCAAAAGACACAACAUGGCACAUCAAAAAGGCACCCAAAGUGGGUGCCCUCCUCGUCGACGGCCAACUCCGCGUCCAAUUAGAAAACGCCGACGGCAAAACCGCCGUCCUCCAGGACGUCUUCGCUCUGGGUGACAACGCCAUGCCGGAAACGGGUGCACCACCCGCGACAGCGCAGGCGACGACCCAGGAAGCGAAGUGGCUCGCUACUAGGCUGAACAAGGGCGACCUUCAGAGAUCCGAACCGUUCUCUUUUCAAAAUAUGGGCACUCUGGCGUACAUUGGAGAUGCCAAUGCGUUGAUGCAGUUUCCUACUGAGGUUAGCAAACCACCUAAGUAUUUGACGGGACGGAGGGCCUGGCUUGUGUGGAAAUUAGCGUAUUUGACUAUGAGCAUGAGUUGGAGGAAUAAGUUGCGGAUUGCGUUCCGGUGGGUGUUGAAUAGUAUUUUUGGGAGGGAUGUAUCGAGGUGGUAG